AUGGACAAUUCUUCCACGAUGCCAGAUUAUGAAAUAAGCACAACUUUCGACUAUUCGGGUGUAAUAGCCCCAGCCAUUGACAAAAAUGUGAAAAUAUUCAACUCUGAUUUUGUGCCACCGCUUUACUCUUUGGUGUUCAUAUUUGGCCUGCUGGGCAACUCGCUGGUGGUUCUGAUCCUCAUCAGAUACAAGAAACUCAAGAGCAUGACUGAUAUCUACCUGCUCAAUUUAGCCAUCUCGGACUUGCUUUUCAUCAUCUCUCUCCCAUUUUGGGCUCAUUAUGCAACUCACGAGUGGAUAUUUGAAGAUGCAAUGUGCAAAAUUCUCUCUGGGAUCUAUUGUGUAGGCUUCUACAGCGGAAGUUUUUUCAUAAUCCUUUUGUCAAUUGAUAGAUACCUGGCCAUCGUCCAUGCAGUGUUCGCAUUAAAAGCCAGGACGAUCACCUAUGGCACCUUCACAAGCGUCAUCACUUGGGUCGUGGCCUUAUUAGCCUCUGUGCCAGAAUUUGUAUUUCACCAUGUUCAAAAGGAAUUUGAGAACAACAGCUGUACAAUUCAUUAUCCCUCAGAAAAUGAAAAAGAAUGGAAGCAAUUUCUAACUUUAUUGAAGUUCAUUUUGGGCCUAACCAUUCCUGCAGUCAUUAUUAUCUUCUGUUACAUGCAGAUUAUAAUGAUUUUGAUUAAGGGUAGAAAUCAGAGAAGGCAGAAGGCUUUCAAGCUUAUUGCUGUGAUCAUGGUUGUUUUUUUCCUCUUCUGGAUGCCAUACAACAUUGCCCUGUUGGUGCGGACCUUCCAAGGUUCAUUUUUUUCAUCUAACUCAGAGAAUAAUAUUGAGGGCAAGGUAGCUUUAGCAAUUGAAAUCACAAGAAUAAUUGCUCUGAUUCACUGUUGCAUCAACCCUGUGAUUUAUGCCUUUCUGGGUGAAAAAUUUCGGAAAUAUAUCUCUAUCUUUUUCCGAAAGUGCCUGUUAGCUCUUCUCUGUAGGCUCUGCCCAGGUCGAAAUUAUCCUAAUUUGGAACGGUCUACUUCCUCCUAUAUAAGUUCAACAGAACAUGACAUUUCUAUUGGUUUGUGAAGUGGUUUCCAGUUGUCUUUCUCCAUCUUUUCUUUAUAAAAACACUUUAGUUGGUUAGGGUUGCCAUACGUCUUGGAUUGCCAGGACACAGCCGGAAUAUAGCAGUCAGGAACAGUGUCUGGAUGGAAAUCGCUUAAAUGUCCAGGCAAAUCUGUAUGUAUGGCAGUUCAUGUCAGGAGUCUAGUUUGGGGCAAGUUUUCUUGAAGCUGCUUCUUCUUUUUUGAGAUUUUGCAAAAGAAGCUCAACAACUCUUGCAUCCGGAUUUUCACUUUUUGAAAUAUGCCAAUCCUAUGUUGGUAUAUCUGACCAAAGUAUGUCAGACUGCUAAGGGGGAGAUGAAAACAAUAUGUUAGGAUGCCCUAUGACCUUUGGAGGGAAACCAUUCUUGUGCCCCUUCCCCCUUGGGGCUCCUGUGGGGGAAGGGAGCAGCCAGAUCUGGUGAGACAUAUUUUGAUGAACUACAAUUCGCGUUAUGAUAGGUGGUGCAAAACUGCUCACGCAAAUUAUUGAAAAAUACUGAGCUUGUACAAAUAAAUGCCGGACUCAAGCUUUGGAAGUCAGUUGUAUCAGGAAAGUGAAGACAAUCCCUAUCGAAUUUCUCUCAAUAUGAGAUGCAGAAAUGGAUCCAAGUAUCACGAAGCCCAGGAUGUUAAUGA